AUGGUGGUACCUUCAUCAUUAGUGGACAGAACAAUGUCCCACAAGCUUUACUUCUACCAAGUUCUGUUGCAGCUGUGUUGUCAUAUAGUAGCGGUUCUGUCUGCGUCAUCUAGUUCUUUUAAUUUUGUAAAGAAAUCCCUUCUUUCUUGCGGUCCGAACCGACUCCAUGUUGGAUGGAAAAGUCUUUCAGUACUAGAGUGUGCCAGGGAGAGUCAACACAGAUUUGGUAUUCAGUGUUAUGGUUUUCUCUACGGCCAAGACAGCCACUACUGCAUCCCUACUGGUGGAAUCAGUGCGUUUGUCCCACGUCCUAAUGAGACGGAAGGAGAUUUCUACUUCCUAGGAGGCUGUAAGGCUUACGUAGACUUUAGACCUUAUAAUUACAUCAGAUAUGCUGACAUCACUUUCCAACAAGACUACUUCACUGCCAGACGGACGUGUGAGUGCCUGGACGCUCGACUCAUGGCCGCCGACACCGUUGACAAAUGGGUCUGGUUUCUCGGCUUCACGGGUAAUUCCUACACAUACUGGCUAGGACUGGAUGACUUAAAAGAAGAGAACAACUUUGUCUGGGCAGAUGGACAGACGAUCAAGCCGGAGAUCAAGGAACAGAUAUUCACAAAAGGCAAACCAGACGGCGAUGGUGAUUGUGUAUUUCGAGUGACCUUUACAAGUUUCAUGGACGAUGCCGACUGUAACAGAAACUUAACUUCUAUCUGUGAACAGUUACAGUUUGCUACUUCUGUUUGUAACUAGAAGACUUACCUGUAACGUCUGUACUUUAUAAGAUAAGAUAAGAUAUUAUUAUAAUUUUACUUUUAUUUAUGUUAGGCUUAACACCAAAAUCAGCUCAAUCGCGAUCUGGCCAGCCUGAAAUCUCGAAGCUAAAAAUGUUGCUAGAAUUAGACAGCAACAGACAAGUUUAGAUAAGAGGUGAAAAGGUUAAUCAAAACAGUGGUUCUCAAGAUAUGAGACUUAAUGAUAUUUUCCCUCUUGUAAAUAAACGUUUAAAGUUCUUUAAAAGUGUAUCAAGUAUUUGAGAGCAUAUUGAUUGAUGACAGUUUAUAUCAGACACUAAUAAACAGCCCUAGAAACUAGAAAAAAUAAGCAGAUGUAGUUUCUUCAUUCUUAAGUAAAUAUUCUAAGAUGCAAAAAGAGAGUUCUGUUUUGUACAUAAACAGUGGGAAUGCUCUUGUGAUUAAAACUGUUUUUCUUUGCAUUAUAUUAUACCUUGCACCGAAAAUUCAUUAGUCAAUGCAUCUGUAACUUAGGGCUGUCUUUUUAUGUUUAUGUAAUGAAGAUCGAGCUAUAGGUGAUUCUUGACGGAUUGGUUACAUCAGGAUGGUUUAUUACAAUUUUACCCAUUUAUGCCGUUAUUAGAAAAUCAACCCCAUGCCAGUUAUUUAUACUCUACUAAUUAAGCUCAUUGUGGGAAUGAUAUUUUUUAUUCAUGUAAGCUUUCUUGAGAUACACCAGUGGCGUCACCUGGGAGGUGCUGGGGGUGCGGUCCACACCGGUCGACACCCACUAUGUAUAGGUAAUUUUAAUAAAAACACAUAGUCAAAUAUACAAACUAUUGAAAAGAUGGCAUAAACAAUGGAAUUUUCAUAUAGAAAUUUUACAUUUGUGCAAAAAAUCGAUGACAAUAGGUAAUCAGCAUAAGUAUUGGCUUACCAAAGUGAAUUUCUAUUAGAAAAAGUGGAUAA